AUGGGAGGAGUGAUAGGGUAUCUUCAAUGCACAACAGGGAAGGACAGUGUGGUCUUUUCACAUCCGCACCCGUAUAGAUGUUUCCUGCGUCAGACUAUCUUCUUUUCUUUUCCCAACAAGAGCUACCUGUUUGUCGAGGAAUAUUACUUUAAUACCCUCAUCCAUCUGGGCGUUGAAAGCCUGUGUGUGCUUGGAGAUAGUGGUUACUGGAGCGACAUUUUCAGAGACAGGAGCAUACAGGCAACAGUGAGCAGAAGGAAAGCCAUGGCACAGGUCCUUAACCCAUGCUCACCGCAAAGGACUCUCCGCUGCUCGUCUUCAAUCCACCUCGAUUCGUCUCCCGUUAGCUUGUGUACCAAUCUCCGCCCAAAUCAAUACCCUAAUAAGUGGAACUCUCUGCAACAGAAGCUUAAGUCCCAUGGCAGAUAUUCGUGCCUUUUCUCAGACAAUCGUAGAGAGGAACAAGCAAAAAAGGCAUUAGAAAGUGCUCUUGGUGGAAAGAAAAAUGAGUUUGACAAAUGGAACAAAGAAAUUCAGAAAAGAGAGGCGUUAGAUGUUGGGGGCAAUGCUGGUGGAGGAGGUUGGUUUGGAUGGGGUAGAUGGUUUGGUGGAUCCAAUGGCGAUAAUUUCUGGCAAGAAGCCCAGCAAGCAGGGCUUGCUAUCUUGGGCAUUGUUUUCAUGUAUCUUGUGAUUGCAAAAGGGGAAGUGAUGCUUGCUGUCAUCUUUAACCCAUUGCUGUUUGCCUUGAGAGGGAUAAGAAAUAGCUUCACUGUCAUAUCAUCACACAUCUUGGGAAAGAUUUCUCCAACCGGUCCUUAUGUCAAGCCUCAUAUUACACUGAAGGAGGAAUUCCAUACCCAUGUCUCAGCUAAGGAGAGUGUGAUAAGGAAAUGGGGAAGUGACUGAUACCUUUUCUUCCAGGUGCUUAUGUGUUCUCCUCAUUCCAUGUCUUUUUGCUGUGAUGAUUAUCAUGGUGGCUUUUUCCUCCUAGAGCUGAUCCAUUUUUGUCGACAUUUGAUACAAAGUUUUAUUGCAGAAGUAGCUGAUUUUGUAUAAAACUUGGAGUAAUUUAGUGAGCUAAUUUUUUGUUAAAAUGACUGGCUUGAGCUUUGAAUGUAACAAGCUCCAUUUCUGAAGAGCAUUGCUGUCCAGGUAGGAGUAAUACUAGCUAUAGAGUUUCUGAAUUACUGUUCGACCAUGUCUUAUGCUAUUAACUACAGAAGAAAAAUAAAAACAUUGUAAAUGCUAGAAAUAACAUAUUUUUGCCUGUAGUUUAGACUAUUUGAAAUUUA